AUGUUCAUACGGCAUUAUCCCUUAGCACGGCAGUGUUCUGCCACCUAGUUAGGUAAUUACAGCCCGAGACGCAUUUUCAGUAUUUUUUUCUUGCCUCUCCUUUUAGUUGAUCCAAACGCGUUGGUGGGUGGUGGAAUACCUUGGGACGUGGAUAGCUGUCAGGUCCAAUGCGACUCGUUGUGGGGCAGGGUCCCCCAGUUGAACGUACCGUGGGCCCAAGCUUCCGUGAGGGACGACUGCGCUUGUAGAUUUAACUCCGAGAAACUCCAAUCAUUUGAGAGCCAGACCUGCAUCCAGAGAUACUUUUGGCUUCCACUCGAAAAAAAGAAAAAGCUCGCAGAGAUGAAAAUUAAGGCGAAAGUCGCCCGAAUGAGUUCGGAACAACAAUUCGAGGUAUUCAAGCGGUCCUAUGGAAAGGUGUACAGCUCAAAGGAAGAAGAGGACAAGCGGCUUGAGAUCUUCAAAGGAAACUUGGUUGUGAUCAAGGACCUCAUGGCUACAGCAACAGGAAAUCUCGUUUACGGAAUGGGCCCAUACACGGAUCGUACAAGCGAGGAAUUCCAGACGGAACUGAGUCUCGCCGAAGUGAACAUGAGCUUUGAAGAAACCCCCAAUUUGGAGGUGCGAAUGCUGAAUAAUCGCGGAUCGAGGGGUAACUGGAGCUUCAGGCGUGCUCGCUCCCAGCCACCGACCCCUACGCCCGCAGGCCCCAAACCACCCCCUUUCGGGUUCCCGCCCGGCUACGAGCCCCCCGACUACAAGCCUCCACCCCCGCCCCGCAGUAAUUCCGUCCCGCCGAACUGCAAGUACUUGUCCCCGUGGUUUCUCGGGAAAUAUCCCCAGGGAGGACCACUGCUGGAUUGGCGAGUUCCUGCCGAGUACUACCCGGCGAUCGAAUCUCAGUCACUCCGAGAAUGUGAUUGCGGCUCAUGUUGGGCGUUUGCUCCUGCCGCUGCUGUUGAGAUCUUUUUGGCCAGGGUCCAAGGUGAAGUGACCACGCUCUCCAAACAAGCAUUACUUGACUGCAUCCCUGGCGAUGGCUGUAAAGGCGGAAAAGUGUGGACCGCACUGGAAUACAUGAAAAAUACUGGACUGCCGAGUUCCGAUGCUUACCCGUACAAGGCGAAGAAAGGACGGUGUAGGAAAAACGUUCGACCUUACGCGAAGAUUAGAGAGUGGGGGGUUGUCACUCCGGAUCCGGAAUCACAUGAAAGUUGGUUGCCGAACAGUCCAAUCGCAACGAAUAUGCUCGCUCCUGUUGAAUUUCAACACUACGUGUCCGGAGUUUUUGAUGUACCUCAGUGCGGCAAUGUCAGAGUUGAAGACCUGAACCAUAGUGUUGUUAUCGUUGGCCAUUUCAGAGACGCAUGGAUCGUCCGGAAUAGUUUUACCAGCGAUUGGGGCAUAAAGGGCCACGCUCUCAUAAAAAAAGGAAGGUGUGGAAUAGGUCUUCAAAGUUAUGGGAUAAAGGAACCGUACUUGGUUGAACAACUUCCUCCAAGUACUUCAGCUUCAAAAGCGAAACGCCAACGCAAAAAGACAAAGAGGACAUGAAGUAAAUAUCAUUUAUGUACUUCGAGUGUAAUUCUUUUAUUUAUACCAUCUAAUAUUGAU